AUGGCUUCAUGUCUAGGAACAUAUCUGCUGAAGAUCAGCACUCUAGUUUUGGGACUAGCAAUCAUGGUGAUCAUGAUUCUUGUCAAGGAGUGGACCCAGUAUCAAGCUGCGCAGUUCUGGCCGAAACUGCCAGUCACUGGCCCUCCAGACCUCGAAUCCAGUUUCGCUUUUAGCGCGGAAGCCUGGCGGAUGAGGGAGCUAGAGGCAUCUUGGUCGCUUUAUCCCUUACGCCUUACCCACCUUUCGCAACUACUGAAUUUGAUGGCCUCAAGCCACUAA